UUGCAUCCUUAUUCUGUGUGAUUAGCAUAGAGUCACUUCUGCUACUGAGAACUUGUUAUUUCUAUCAUGAGAUAACAGAGUCUUAUGGUUUUCAAAGUCUGGGUGCUCUCAUCCUAAAAGGCACCACAAGAGAUUUUCUUUUUCUCUUUUUUUUCUUCUGCCCUACAAGACUCUGAGUAAGACAGCUUGCUCGUCUUCCCCAGGCAUGGCUGGAAUGAAUGCAGCAGGACCUUACAUGGAGCAUGUGGAGUGUGCUCCAUCAAGAAGAAAGAACUCAACAAAUUCUCUUGAACAAAAGAUUAGGCACUUGGAAAAACAGAGACAAGAGCUCCUGGAAGUCAAUCAACAAUGGGACCAGCAGUUCCGAAAUAUGAAAGAGUUAUACGAAAGAAAGGUCCUGGAGCUGCAAACGAAAUUGGCGGCCACAGAAGAUAUCCACACCAUAGAGAAGGAACAGAAGGAAAGCAUGACAGAGGGCGACAGGCAGCUAGAGGAAAGGGAAAACCUAAGGGAAGAGUUGCGAGCCCUGAAGAAGGAGAAUUUGCUGCUGAAGGAAAACAAUGCUCUCGCAAAUAGGAAGAAAGAACAUUAUGCGUGUGAAAUUAAACGACUCAAUAAGGCUCUUCAGGAUGCCUUGACAAUCGGGAGCGCUUCACUUUCUGAGGGCUCCAGGAAGUGUACAGGCAGGUGCAGCCGUGCGGAGAUGAGAACAAAGGUGGAAAGUCACAAGCACCAGCCAGACUAUCAGUGGAAUGCUCUUAACCAGACUCCUCCACAUGUACAGCAAAAGGCACAUGGUUUCUCCUCAGAAUGGAAAUUCAACCAAUAGAUGUGCACAUUAGCUAAGCAGAGCUGUGGACUCUCAGCGGUGGCCACUUUGCUUCUGCAGGACAGCUGCCAACGUUCUCCUCUGAGACCUGUUCGUGGAUAUCUUCCCUGUGGCCUACAUACAGGAAAAAUAAGGACCCCUGAAACACAACAGAGCAGCAAGACACUCUGUAACCAAGCUGAGCUUUUCUCCACAAAUGAAACGGGGCAGCUGCUUAUACGACACACCACUCCUCAAAACUCUGUUCAACUAAAUGCUGAUGAGUUUGCGAAGAUGGUGCCAGGACUUACCUGACUCCAGCUACGGCACUCUGACAUUAUGCGCUGAUUUAGAAUAACAGAUAUUAAGACAGGAAAGGUGGAACAUUCCUGUAAUUCCAUGGAAAAGUAGAGGCAGGAGGAUUGCAAUGAGUUGGAGACCAAUCUGAGUUGCAACACAAAUGUGACAUCAGCCAAUCUUCCAUCUCAAAAAAUUAAUAAUACAUUAUAUAGUGUCUGUUAGAAAGCCUUUUUUCAUAGUUGCUAACUGAGUUCUUCGUCGGCUUGACAGUUGGACUAGGUCAUAUGUUCAUUAUUACUGAAUUUGAAACUAAUGAUUUUGAACAGACAAUCAAAAGACCUAUAGACUCCCCUGAUUAAAUGGGUGACCCGAACUGAAUAAAAUGAUAAACAUGAAACUGUC